CCUGUUUCAUCACAACAAAUCAGACAUACAAUGAUCGUGAGCUUAACAUCGUCAUUAUGCUUGACGGCUUUGCUUUGGAGACUUCCUCACCUCCGGCAUCCUACCAUGCUGCUGCACAGCGCUGGCCAAUGUCUCACAACCACCGGUCAGCGGUUGACCGACCCCAAAUCAAUACACAGGCGCCCACCACCAGCGGCUGCGAAACUCUCCUGUGCUUGUAGUAGUCAGUCGCGGCAUUUUGGUUGAUCGGCACGGCAUAUUUACGCGCG